GAUGUGUAGCUCUUAGUAAAGUUACCUGGCCGACGUGUGACUGCGUGCGUGCGUGCGUACGUCUGUAUUACGCAUUUGCUCCGGCUUGUUUAGGGUUGUGUGUGUGUUUUUUUUAACGUCAUGUGAGUUUUCGUGUGUAAAUGUGAUGUUUCCGUUUCUUUUUGGACUUCGUGUGGACAAAAUGUGUCUUAGAGAAAGAAUUCAGACUAGAAGGACGCGGAUGAGAUGCUGCCACGCAGUCAUGGCUCCACUAUGGUGAAAGUUCUUUAUUGUGUUUAGGCUCUCCACGUCUAAUUAGACUUUAAAAACACAUCUCCAACAUGAAGGUCAGUAAGUAUUUAAGAGGGAGCGGGAGGUUCCUCGCGUUGGUCUUCGUUGCCUCAGUACUUUGGCUCCUGUUUGACAUGGCAGCUCUCAGGCUGUCUCUUACAGACGUGAAUGGACAACUCAUGAAAGAGACAGAGUUGGCCAAAAGACCAAACUCAAAGCCCACCAGCUUGAAGCAUUACCCUUUCCAAAAGGUGAACCCGGAUGUCGAGAUGUCUCAACGCUCAGAAAUGCUCAAUAGACAAGUUGUUGAGGUUUACAGGCGAAAAAAACCUGCCAGGAUUAAUGGCGAAAAUAAAGCAGCAGCACCUAAGUCGCUUGGUAACAUUGUAACCGUGACUUUGCCCAAAGUGGUGGCCGGAAAUGACCCAAAAGUGCACGCGGAUACAACACGACUUGGACAGAGUGUUAUUUUGGAAAAGCAAAACCCUCCAAGCAACAAAGUAGCUCCAGGAAUGGGAGCAAACCUGAAGAAGCCAGUCCUGAGAAAAACCAAAGCGCCAUCUGCUGGCCAGGAAGGAAACCGUAUAAAACUGCAAUCAAAUGACACCAAAGCCCACCAAAUACCACCACAGGACUUGAAAGUACCUCCAGGUGUUGUUUUGUCUAUCAAAUCCAACCGCACAUUGAACAAGGUCGAACCGGAUGCAUCCAACAACGCUUCCCUGACACGAUCUCCAAAACAGGAGCGCUCCGUUCAGAUUGUCGAUAAGAUGAAAUCGGUUGUAAAGGAUAACAAGACUGACUUGCUGAAUGUUAAAACCUUCGUGCAAGUCACAGCGAAACCACCACGAGCCCGUCUGAACAUCCAAACUGGAGAGCUCCUGAACACGACGGGCGUGAGGAAGCAAGGUGGGCUUCGUAAGGUCAUGAACCUGGAUGUGACCCUCAAACCACGGGAUGCGCGCGCGCCCGGGCAGUUCGGCUGGGCUGCAGAUGUGCCUCUGGAUGACCUUGACGAGAGCAGGCGCAGAUGGACUGAGGGCUAUUUCAACGUGUUCCUCAGCGAGCAGAUUCCAGUGGACAGGGCCGUUCCAGACACACGACCUCCAGCAUGCUCAGAGAAUUUAGUUCACAAUGAUCUGCCUACGACGAGUGUGAUCUUCUGCUUUGUGGACGAGGUUUGGUCCACUCUGCUGCGCUCCGUCCACAGCGUGCUGAACAGAUCUCCACCUCACCUGCUCAAAGAGAUUCUACUGGUAGACGACUGCAGUACGAAAGACUACCUGAAGGACAAGCUGGAUGCUUACAUGUCUCAGUUCCCCAAAGUCCGCAUCAUCCGCCUCAAAGAGAGGCAGGGGUUGAUCAGGGCGAGGCUGGCCGGGGCUGCUGAGGCAAAGGGUGAUGUCCUGACGUUCCUGGACUCUCAUAUCGAGUGUAAUGUGGGCUGGUUGGAGCCGCUGCUGGACAGAGUGUACCUAGACCGCAGAAAAGUCGCCUGUCCUGUUAUUGAGGUCAUCAACGAUAAGGAUAUGAGUUAUGUGAUGGUGGACAAUUUCCAAAGAGGCAUCUUCAAAUGGCCUUUAGUGUUUGGUUGGAGUACACUAUCAAAAGAUUUGAUCUGGAAGAACCACAUCAAAGUCUCCGAUCCCAUCAGGUGCCCGGUGAUGGCAGGGGGGUUGUUCUCUAUAGAUCGGAAGUAUUUUUAUGAGCUGGGAGCAUAUGAUCCAGGCCUGGAUGUGUGGGGAGGGGAGAAUAUGGAGAUCUCUUUCAAGAUCUGGAUGUGCGGUGGUGAGAUUGAGAUCAUCCCGUGCUCUCGCGUGGGUCAUAUUUUCCGUAGCGAGAACCCCUACGGCUUCCCCAAAGACCGUCAGAAGACGGUGGAGAGAAACCUGGCUCGCGUGGCCGAGGUCUGGCUGGACGAGUAUAAAGAGAUUUUCUACGGCCACGGUUAUCUGCACCUGCUGGAUAAGAACGUGAUAGACAUCGGGAACCUCUCAGCACAGAUCCAGCUGCGUGAGAAGCUCCAGUGCAAGAGCUUUAAGUGGUACGUGGAGAACGUCUUCCCCGAGCUGGACGCUCCGCUGGCCAAAGCUGAAGGCCUUGUGUUUAACAUUGGCACUAGGAAGUGUCUGGUGCAAGAAAAAGGCUCUUUAUCUUUUGGGGUCUGUGAUCUUAGCAAACAGAGCCAGCAUUUCAGUUACAGCUGGGUGAGAACGCUCCGCCAGAACACUACUUGCUUGUCUCCACAAGUCACAGGAAGAGGCGUGGCCUUAGAGCCAUGUGACAACACUAAGCCACACCUACGCUGGCUGCACAAGUCCAAUAAAUUUCUGCCAGAGCAUCUGAUUGCUGAUACACAUCCUCAACGCACGUGUCUGGAGGCAGGAUCUGAAGGAAACACCAUCUACCUAAAGGCAUGUGACGUAUCCAGUUCUUAUCAGAAAUGGCAUUUCACACACUACUAUGCACAGUGAGCCCCGGAGACGCAACCAGUUUUUUGUUGUUGUUGUUGUUUGUUUUUUGUUUUUCCAUCUCACUUUGUCAGGAUGAAGACAUUGUUACAUAGUGUGUAAGUGAAGUAUUGACAGAUGCAUGCUGAGAUGACGUGUAAUUUUGGUUAAAAUGUCUGUUUUAAGGGUCUGUGUGGUAGGCUUUUUUUUGUUUUUUUGCCCUGGAUGAUUUUGAGAGCAGCUGCACUACAAGAUCAUGUUUUGGGGGACUAUUGAGAACUUAAUGGACUUCUUGUUCUGCUUGGUUGAAACAAGCAAAAAGUAUUUGAAGUGCCUGGUUAAAAUAAAUAAAUGAAUGAAUGAAAUAAAAAAAAGGUAUAGAAACCUUUCUAGUACAUGUUACACAUCCAGUGGUACUUGGGUCACAUAACAGUUGAGUGUGGUACGUUGUCAGUGAUGGCACAAACUUGGAAUGUUACACAAAACAUGCUUUUAAUAAUAAUUGUAUUGUUUACAUCAAUUAAAAAUAAGCAGUGUGUUAUGCUGUACACAUUCCCUGUUGACACUAGAGGGAGCUGUUUACAAUGUUUUUGAAUCUUUUUUUUUUUUUUUUUGGUCUGCUCGACUAUUUUUUUUCCUGGUGAUUCUGGAUGUUAAGACCAAAUCAGACUGCCUUUAUUAAAAAAUUAAACCCUG